AUGAAUUCAGAAUUAGCUUUUGAAGUUGCUGAAGAUGGUGGUACGUAUAAUCCAGAUUAUUCAAAGCGUCACCAUUUAUCCAGUAAUCAACGCAGAACCUAUAAGAUCAUAAGGUCACAAGCUAAAGAACCGCAGCAGAUUAUCCAAAAUCAGGAGAUGUGGCUUGAGGAGGCUACUGCUUCAUUAGAGGGUGAUGGAGGUUGCGCUACUGAAGAUUCUUUCGAUAAUGAGAUAUCAUUCAUCAACAUUGGACCUGCCUUGCAAGUGGAGAUGAAAAUCAACAGAUAUAUGUUGCUCGCAAUUUUCAAUAAUGAUCAUGUGUUAGAAAUAAUUUCUGUUGAGAAUGAUGAUAUUGAGCCACUAGAUCAAUCAGAAGCUGUCUUAGAUGGUUAUGAUGAUAUGAGCUAG